AUGAAAGAAGCUAUCAUCGACCAGACCCUUACGGCCAUCAUCCGUGAUGUGGAAAUUCCCACUCCUCAACCCGGCCAGGUCCUCAUCAGAGUAAUAGUGUCCGGCACAAACCCAAAGGACUGGAAGCUCCCGAAGUGGGAGCCAGACCGCAUCUUGAACCAGGGUGACGAUAUCGCCGGGUAUGUGGAAGCAAUCGGCGAAGGUGUUGUGAAUUUCCGCAAAGGAGACAAGGUAGCCGCCUUUCACGAGAUGCUCAGCCCGAACGGAAGCUAUGGCGAAUACGCCAUUGCUUGGGAACACACUACUUUCCAUCUGACCGAGAAGACCAGCUUCGAAGAGGCCGCAACCAUCCCUCUCGCUGCAAUGACUGCCGCGUUGGGCUUGUUCCAACGGCUGAAACUGCCUCUUCCCUGGCUUCCGGCUGAUAAGCCGACCCCGCUGGUGGUCUACGGCGGCGCCUCGGCAGUCGGCGCUUUCGCCAUAAAGUUCGCCCAAUUGUCGAACAUCCACCCCAUCAUUGCUGUCGCCGGAAAGGGCGCCCCCUUCGUCGAGACUCUGAUCAGCAGAGAGAAGGGCGACACGAUUAUCGAUUACCGUGAAGGCGAUGAGGCUGUUCGCGCGGGCAUCAGAAAAGCUGCUAACGGAAUUCCCGUGCACGACGCCUACGAUGCCGUUUCCGAGAAAGGAAGUUACCUCAACCUCAGUGCCGUUCUUGACACACCCGGUGCGAUUACUGUCGUCUUGCCCUGGACAGACUAUGGGUCAUACGAGGAUAUCGAGAUCCGCAGAACUAUGGUUGGAAGUGUCCAUGCACCACCCGCCGAGGGCCAGACUCUUGGCGAUAAGGAGUUUGGUGCUGCUUUCUUCCAGUUCAUUGGUAGAGGUUUGGCACAGGGCUGGUUCUCGGGCCACCCAUACGAAGUCAGAAAGGGUGGACUUGGUGCUGUUGAGGGUGCUCUCAAGGAUCUCGAGGCUGGCAAGGCCUCUGCGGUGAAGUAUGUCUUCAGAAUUGCCGAGACCGAGGGACUUCAGCAGUAG